AUGGCGGUCAGCCAAAUCGGCUCAUACUUUGUAGGUCAGAUAGGUGUGAGAUCUCCUAAUUCUUGUUCGUAUGAUUUGUUAGGCUUGUGUGCUGCAAAGCUUCUCCAGGAGUCCGGUUUGGAUGUCCGAGUUCUGGAGGCCAGGGACAGGGUAGGCGGAAGGACAUACACGAAGAGGGAUCCUAGUUAUGGGUAUGUUGAUCUGGGAGGUUCGUACGUGGGACCCACACAGGACAGAAUCCUACGCCUGGCAAAAGAACUGGACUUGAAAACCUACGUGGUUGAUAUGGGGGAGAAAGCAGUGCUCUACUUUGAGGGAGUAAGGCAAACGACAAGCGACACCGGAAUGUAUCUAGCCCAGUUGAACAACCCACUCGGUAUGUUAGACAGCAACAACAUUUUCCGGAAAACGCAGAACUUGGCUCAACAGGUCCCCCUUGCUGCUCCAUGGAAUGCACCAAGAGCUAAGGAGUGGGACAUUAUGACAGUUCAGGAGUUCAUCAACAAUGAGUGCUGGACAAGCUCCUUUACAUGUAAUUCUGAUUUUGUUUUUAAUCUACUUUUUUAUGAUCUUUCAACUACAGGAUGGCCAGGAGUGAUAUACAAGGUGUGGUGCAGUCCACAUUCUGCUGCGAAGCCCACGAGAUCUCCUUACUGUAUUACCUGUUUUACAUGGCUUCUGGGCGAGGGAGAAAGACGGGUUACCUCCGCCACUAAUGGAGCGCAGGAGAGGAAAAUUGUGGGCGGUGCCAUGCAAGUGAGUGAGAAGAUUGCGGCGUUGCUAGGCGACAGAGUUGUUCUGUCUAGUCCUGUUUUGAGGAUAGACCAGGAGGAUACAGUUGCCAUAGUAACCACCCACAGCGGGCAACAGUACAGGGCCAAAUAUGUCAUCAGUUCUGUGCCACUGCCCGUUCUGCACAGAAUUCUAUUUGAGCCUCCUCUUCCAGCUAUGAAAUUACAGUUGGUGCAGAGGAUGGCGAUGGGAUGUAUCAUCAAAACCAACACAUACUACCGGACGGCAUUUUGGAAGGAGAAAGGCUUUUCCGGAGAAGCAUUAUCUGACAUAGGACCGGUCAGUUACUGUGUAGACGACACCAAACCAGACGGCAGCCAUCCUGCAAUCACGGGGUUCAUCCUAGCCGGACAUGCCAGAGAUGUAUGCGAGAUGUCCCCCGAAGAAAGGAAGCAAGCAGUUUGUGAAUACUAUGCUGAAGUCUUCCAGUGUCCAGAGUUUCUUCAUCCUGUGAACUAUGUGGAACAGAACUGGAUGGCGGAUCCUUUUUCUGGGGGCUGCUUUGUGGCCACCUUAGGACCUGGUGUGCUGACAAGCUUUGGCAGAGCGAUACGCAAGCCGUUUGGUAAGGUGUACUUUGCCGGUACGGAGACAGCAGUAAAGUGGAAUGGCUACAUGGACGGGGCUGUCGAAUCUGGCGAGAGAGCUGCAAGAGAGGUUUUGCAUGCCAUGGGGAAGAUAUCAGAAGACCAGAUCUGGCAGGAGGAGCCGCCCAGUCCUGACGUUCCCCACACACCUUUUGAAGAUGACCCAUUGGAGAAAAUCCUCCCGUCCGUUCCACAGUUCCUGUAUAUUCUGCUAGCACUCCUUGUGCUGCUGCUUUCUGUGCUAUGGGUUUAUCUGUUCUAAAAAGCUACAGCUUAUUAAACGUUAAAAUAUGAUGAUUUUGACGGCGUCCCUGGGCGCCACCAUGUUGGAUUUUAACGUAAUGUAGUAAUCCAAAAGCAUAGUGAAAUGGGCUCCUUUUUUUGUUGGUAUAAUAUCUAGACUGCGCAAUGGUUGGUGAGUGGAGUAGGAUGACAAGGCGUCGCACAUGAUGUUAAAAUAGGAAAGUCUGUAGCGCUUUGCUGUUAUCUUGACAACAAGUUCCACAGUGAUAGAGAGGUAGUUUGUUGUAUGAUUAGAUGGUGUUUUGGGAUGCUUUUGCUUUUGGAUGCAUUGGUUGCUUUUUUUUGGAAAUACACUUUUGGAAAUAUUUUAAUGUGUUUUUUGUUCGAGGGAAUUUAUUCUGUCACUGUUCCACGUGAAUUCCACAAGAAGUUUAACUAUAUUUUUUGAAAAUACAGCACAAUUAAAUGAAAUAAAUGGAAUUUGAACAGAAAAAUACAAAACAUAAUUUUUGACACCCCCACUUAAAGUGUUACUGUUCCAAUGUUACCGCAGAUGAUCACCUAGUAGAUUAUCUGUUUUUUUAUGCCCACACAAUCUUGUUUCACGUGACAUAGUUUUUUUCGUAACAAUUUUUCACGACUUUUUUCGGCAACGGAGGAAUUUAUAAAGAAAUUCGGGUCAAAUAACUUAGUACGAUAGGCUAUAUGAUAAUAACAUUAAUGGCCCUCCUUAUCCUCGGUGUAUAUUGUGAGAUAAUCCCUGGUCGGGUGGGAUAACCACCUCAUAAACCCCCUGUUCACUCGGUGGUUUAUUCGGUGUUUAUAGCACCCGACCAGGGAUUAUCUCACCAUAUACACCUAUGGUCGGGACAUUAACCCUUUAUUAUUUUAUACAUAUUCAGUUAUAUUUCAUUACACAUAUUUUCAAAUAUGUUGUGUCAGCACUGUGCAAAGAACCAAAGCCUGUACUACAUUUUUUUUUUAAAUAGGACAAUAAAAAUAACAAUAAAGGCGGUUAUGCCAAACAAAA